AGUGCUCGUGCUGCUCCUGGUGGUGAAAAAGGGCAGCCUACUUUCUACUUUCCUUUCGUAGUGCAAGAUGUCGCUGGCGUAAAAGGAAAGCUAAAAACCGAAAAACGCAACAAACCAAAUACUGCCGCAGCAAUCUGUUGCAACUGCGAGCUUACGUUUUGACUUUCAGUAGAUUAAAUGUUGAUCUAAUCGGUGAUAGGAAGGCAAGAAUUCGUGGAGAUCACACAAGCUAGAUGGGAAAGGUUUCCCCAUGCCGGUAGACGGUCUUUUCUCCCCGUCGGCUCCCCGGAGAUUCCGGUGAUGUGAGCGGUGUCAUAUGCUCCUUGAACCCGUCGAUUGGGUAACGCCAGUAACACGACAAUAGGUGGUCAUUGGGACGAGGUGCUGGGAAGAUGGAGAGCGAGUCCUUGGCGGAACGGAUCUUGCAAGAUCUGGGCAACGUCUUCAAGAAAGAACCCCUCGUCAAGGAGUUUGACGUGGUUCCGGUGAGCAACUCGUCGUGCAACCGGAGCCCCGUGGUGUGCGUGGACGGCCACCUGGCCCUGGGCUCCUGGUGCGUGCCCCACGUGUAUGGCUACGCCUACUCCCGGCUCGUCGAGGCACGCAACAACAUUGUGCGCCAUGAGAAGGAAUCCAUCCUUGGCUGGUCCAGGCUGGUGAUCCUCGUUAAUCCCGACGUGCAGUUGGCAUGGAACGUAAGGAAAGAGCUGUUCCUGUGCAAGCAGACCAGCUUUCAGGAAGAGCUCCAGUUCUCCCAGCUGGUCCUGACCAGGAAGCCCAAAUGCUCCGAAGUGUUCUCGCACCGACGGUGGCUGAUGGAGCACAACCUGCGGGGGUUCUCGAGCGACCGUGCCAACGUGAUCCUGCAGGAAGAGCUGAAGGUGUGCCUCCAGGCGGCCGACAGGUAUCGCUGCAACUACUAUGCCUGGACGUACCGCAUCUGGCUCAUGGACCGCUUCGUUCACGGGAAUCCCCUGAUGCUGGAGUCGGAGAUGCAGCAGACGCGAGACUGGGUCCGCAGCCACGUGUCGGACUGCAGCGGCUUCCACUACCGGCAGUACCUGUUGCGGCGCGUGGGCAGCGUGCCCCUGCUGUCCCGGGAGCUGUCCCUCUGCGAGGAGCUCUGCCUCCUGCACCCGGGCCACGAGGCCAUCUGGGCCCACCGCAGGUUCUGCCUCUGGCACCUGCACCCGCUGCCCUCCAGCAACGGGGUGGGCGAGACCCAGGCCAAGAGGGCCCGCAACUCUGCCAGCAGCCACUGGACUCCCAGGGACGAGGAGGCCUUCCUCGCCAGUGCAAAGGGGUGCGGCGAGUGGCAGGAUGCACUGGUUGCACGCCACGCGCGGUGGUUGCGCGACGUGCUCGGGUGGACGGCGAGCGGCACGCCGUGACUCGCCGCAGUCGUGGCCCCGGUCGUGGUUUCGUCGCGUCGUGGACGUCGCGAAGAAGAGCGUCGGGAAGGAACGGUGAACCUGGCACUUGCAGUACUCGGUAUGAUACUACUUUAGGGUUUCAGAGGCCCUGUGUCUUUCGGUACCUUCUGGAACCUUGCACUGUCGACUUUGACAGUUGGCUUUCGGUACGAGCCGGUGAAAAUACCAAGAUACCGCUUUAGUAGUCGGUGCCUUUUGUGCCUGUUACUUGGCAGACUGGGUACCUGUGGUACUUUUCGCUUGCACAAAGGUUCAUUAUAUUAUUCUCAAGGUAUGUCUUCUUGGAAGCAAUGUAUCGCAAGACGGGCAGACGAGCGCCGGUUGUUCUGACCCUUUAGCAGAUGUUUGUUUCUUUGCUGUGAGUGUGACAGCUCGAUGAUGUGGUAGGUAAACACAAAGUGUGUGCCGGUUACGCUGAGUACAUUGUUUAAAUUAUUCGACCUUGGCAUGACUUUGUUGCUGCCUUGGCAGCUCGAUAGUAUCGGGGAUGGAGACCUAUUGUCUGUUCCCAAAACUUUCUCGGUCAUGUGCCAUAAUUUUAGCGUGACCUAGUCUCGGUAACGCUUUCUGAUUUGAGCAGAUGGCAGACAGAUAUGUAUCACUGGACCAGCUGCGAGCAUCCCUUGGUGACAGUGUCUUCGUGCUAUGACCUUGUGAUCUCGUCACGUUGUUGGCAACUUCAUCCUUCGGUGGGACAGCUAGAUGGAGCCAAGGGUGCAGGACGUCCUUUCCAAAUAGGCUUUAUGACGCUAGUUCAGGAUGGCUAUGCUGCAGUCUUGUGUUACCCUUGGUUUUUGAACUGAAUAGACCAAAAGCUUCUGUUGCGCACCAUUUCCAAUCAAAUAGGCCCUGACCUACCUUGCCCUUGGAAGUUUUCUUUUACUUUCUGAGCAGAUAUGAUAGUUGCCAGCAUGCUACAUGCCGAUUUUUGUCUCUUUUGUAAGGCCACCUUGAACCGUCAUCUCUGAAACAAACUUACCUUAAGUUAUUUUUAAAGUCUGUAGAGAUCUGCACUGGAUUACAGUGGAUCGAAAGGUGCAGUUUUAAUAAGGAACACUCAAAGUUAGUGUCUUGUUAAUCAUUCUUUCAUUGUACCAAAGCCACCUCAAGCAGAACAGCAAGAAGGUACACCGAGCGCAUGGUACUAGCAGCAUCUAGCACUUGCAGACCUCGUCGGCUCUGCAGCACAUGGAGUGCAGCACAUGGUGCCUGUGUUACGUGGUACUUGUAAUGUCUGACAGAUAUAGGAUGUGGUGGUGACAGAAGAGAUUCUCGCAGAGAGGCAUUCGAUUUCCCGUGGACAAGUUGCAAGGCCGUUCCCAACCCUGUGAUUUUGUGUCAAGAGUGACUGCAUUCUGGAAGCUCAGUGUGUUUCACUGCACUGCCGAGUGGACUUGUGACCGCUCAUGGGUGGUGCUGCCUGGUGCUUGUGCAUUCUUCGCUUCACUUGCCAUGAACGAGGGAACAAAAAAAAACACUCUCCUUUGUCAAGCAGCAGUGACGGCAACUGAAAAGUGCCGUGAAAGUUGGCAGGAGACCCCCCUGCAAGGGAAAGGUACUUUUGCUGAGGUUUCAGUGUGUCUUUCUGACCUUGAGGUCAUCUAUUCCAUGGGUGUUGCUUGUGUGGAUGGAGGAAGCAUUCUCUUCUCAGUCUAGAGAAUUGUGUGUUGUUCAUUUUUAAUUUAGGCUUUUAAUCAUUUCAUCCAAUGACCUCGCUAAAGGCUUUGGUUUUAAAUUAAUGCAUCUUUUUAUAUCAAAGCUUUUUUUUUUUUUUCGUAAUCAUUUGUGAAAAUGUUUGUUCCAUCACCAUACACACCUGGAAACUGUAGUCAUUUCAAAUGUGAUGAAUAUUGUGAUGAUAUUGUUGCAUGCUCUUUAAGUCCCACAGCCGAUCGAUCAAAUAUUGUGGUUUAAAACUGUUGUUGCUAAUGUUUUAGCAUUAGCUCUAGACAGCUAGUCUGCUAGGUCCCGACAUAAGUGUGUUUUGACCGCGAGGAUUGAAUUUGUGCUCAAGAAUGGUUUAUCUUAACGAGUGUUAUUUGCAAAGCUCCAAAUGGAUUUUGGUAAGAUACAAAUAGUCUAUUUUCAUGGAAGAGUUAGUGCCAUCCCUAGGACACUUGUACCGCCUCUGUGUGGUUCGGCAAGGACACACAAAACAACCAAUGCUUAAAACCGUCACUGGCGAAGCAAUACAGUAGUUGUAGUAAAAGCGUAAGAAAAAGCAUAGAGUACAAACUCCAAGUGCACCUGUUCGUUGCUGUUUUUAGCUGUAUAUUUUGGCUUAAGACGAAAAAAAAAAAAAAGAAGGACCAUUGUGUUUUUGGAAAAUAUGCCUGGCACCGUGUUAUUUCUCUAAAAUAAUUGUAUCGACUCUCUCGGAAGCCUGGAAAACAACAUUCCGUUGGCUGCAACAAGUAUGUCAUGGUGACGUCCACGACAUACAAAAACCACUAGUUCCUGCU